UCUCUCACUUUACUCGCAUUUGUUUAUGUUUUAAUCUUUUCUUGAAAAGCAGAAGAGGCUCCUUUAUUUAUAUAUCAUAUCAUCUUCACACGUCCAGACACUGUUCUCUUCCUUCUUCGUCUCGUUUUGUUAGAACUUUUUCUUGAAGCUUCUUGUUUUUACUUUAACUUUAAAGAUUCUAUCAUAUAUAGCAGUGCUGUAGCUCAAGAGCUACUGUACAAGUUGUGGAGUUUGAGUGGAAGAUGAGUGCUUCAAAGUUCAUUAAAUGUGUCACAGUUGGAGAUGGAGCUGUUGGGAAGACCUGUAUGCUCAUUUGUUACACCAGCAACAAGUUCCCCACUGAUUAUAUACCCACAGUGUUUGACAAUUUCAGUGCCAAUGUGGCCGUGGAUGGGAACAUCGUCAACCUGGGACUAUGGGAUACUGCAGGCCAGGAAGAUUAUAGCAGGUUAAGGCCACUGAGUUAUAGAGGUGCCGACAUAUUUGUCUUAGCUUUCUCAUUAAUCAGUAGGGCAAGCUAUGAAAAUGUUCUUAAGAAGUGGAUGCCUGAACUUCGAAGAUUUGCACCCAAUGUUCCAGUUGUUCUUGUUGGAACAAAGUUAGAUCUUCGUGAGGAUGGUAGGUUUUUAGCUGAUCAUAUGGGAUCUAAUGUCAUUACCUCGGUUCAGGGAGAGGAACUGAGGAAACAAAUUGGUGCAGCAGCUUAUAUAGAGUGCAGCUCUAAGACUCAACAGAAUGUCAAAGCUGUAUUUGAUACUGCAAUUAAGGUUGUUCUUCAACCACCAAGGAGGAAGGAGAUGGCAAGGAAGAAAAGGCACAGAAGGUCUGGCUGCACAAUUGCGACUAUUGUCUGUGGAGGCUGUGCUGCUAGGACAUAUUGAAACAGCAGCGGAAUGAUAACCACUUUCAACAUGCACUUAUGGUGAAGAUGCUUUUUUAUGCUGAUUGCUCAGCCGAUCUCUAAAUUGGCUAAUGUGUGUACUUUAGUUUCAGAGACAUAGUUUGAGCUAAAGAAAUAUUUAACUUCACUUCAGAAGUUGGCUAGAAUAGAAGUGGGUUGGAAUUGUUGAUUCUCUCAUGUAUUGUUACUAGGCAAAUUUUGUUCAGUCUGGUUGUUGCUAAAGUGAGUGCUGCUUGGUAUGUAUUAAUACCAUAAAA